AUGAGCUCAUCCCUCCUCUCAACACAGUCCUCAUUCACAACACAACAUAACAACAACAGCAACAAACAGCAACAAGAGAGUUUAUUGUGUGACGCAUAUCUAUCAACUCCGACUACGAUUAUGAUCCCAUUUUAUGAUAACCAAGCUUAUCAUAAUCGAAAUAUUCUACAACAACAACAACAACAACAACAAUAUCUUCAACAACAAUAUCAACAACAAAAAAUGGAUAAGACUGAAUAUUCAUUCUCAAAGUUAUCUUUAAAUGGACAACAACAACAAACAUCACCAACCACCAAUAACAAUAGUAGUGGUACAACUACAAAUAGUAGUGCUGGUGGUAGCGGCAAUAAUGCAUUAAACAAUACAAGUUUAAAUAAUAUCAACUUGAAUACCACGACUGGUAACAAUAACAGUAACAACAACAAUUCACUACUACUACAACAGUUGAAUAGUAGUAGUAGAAUACUACCUGGUGUGUAUGGACAUCAUCAUCAUCAUCAUCAAGUGUCAAUGUCUUCAUCCUAUGUAUCAGGUGAUUCAGAUUCCAAUUAUGACGAUGAAAGAUUAUUGGAUGAACAAAGUCACCAACUACAGAAAUCACUUGACUUGUUGAGUGACAGUGAUGAAAGUAUCCCCUUUAGUAUGAACCAUAUUUAUUUUGGAAAUCAAUCAACUAUUGCAAAUAAUACUAGUAGUUCUUCUAUUAAUACUAGUAGUGGUAUCUAUGGUGGUGGAAACAACAACAACAACAACAACUAUUCCAAUUCUUCUUCAAAUGUAAUUGGUCAACAACAACAACAAUUAAUGAAGAAACAUUCUUCUCCAACUUAUGGUAGUGUUAGUGGUGAUAUUGGUAGUGGAUACAUUCAGCAGCAACAUGUUUACCAUCCACAUCAUCAUCAACAACAACAACAACAGAUGAAUAAUCAUAUGAUUCAACAACCUCUACACCAACCACCUCAUGGUCCACCGCCCCCUCAAAAAUCUUUUGGACCUGUUGGAGUCAGUUGGUUGGAUGGCCCGUCUAUUCACCAUCAACAGCAACAACAUCCUCCUCACCCUCCCCCUCCUCCUCCUCCACAAUCCUCCACAUCAUCGUUCAAAUCAUAUGAUUUACCAAGUGACUUUUUGCAACAGGCUCAUCACCAUCAUCCCUCCCAACAACAUUACUAUCCACCACCACCACCACCUCAGCAACAACAACACGGUCAUGGAUUUGGGAUGACAACCAGUUCACCAGAAUUCUCAAGUCCAACCUAUUUUGGUCAACCUCAACAACAACACCAACAACCACAGGGAUUAAAUGGGUUCAUGAACAAGUUACCCCAACAACCGCAUCCACCACCAAUGAAACAAACAUCACCUUUGAUGAAUGGUAGUGGAUUGGAUUGGUCUUCAAAUUAUCAAAAACCACCUUUACAACAACAACCUCCACCUCCUCAACAACAACAACAGCAACACAUGGCAUUCUAUCAAUCUUCACCAAUAUUUGGAGGGUAUUCUCAUUCACCCAUUUCAUCACCACAAGAGUUACUUGUGGGGUCAUCUACAUUACCACCAUUACAACAACAACAACACAAGUCAAUGGUUGGGGCCAUUCACUCGCAAACGAUUCAACCACCCAUUGUAUCAUUGCAAUCACCUCCUAUCCUCGCCUCCUCAUCCCAACCCGUUAUAUCCAGAGACGCAACUCUGGGUCAACUUGGUGGUGCAGGUGUUGGUGGUGGUGCACAAGCCAGUAGUGGAGAUACCAAGGCAAAACCAUUUAAUCCUUUGGUAGCACCAUUCCAACCGACAAGUAAUAAGGGGUCAUCCUCAUCAUCAUCAUCUUCAUCAUCAUCAUUCCAUCAAUAUAAUAAUAAUAAUAAUAAUAAUAAUACAGCUGUUGGUAAAUCAUCUCAUCAUCACCAUCAACAGCAACAGCAACAGCAACAACAACAACAAUCACACUCUGGACAACAUCACCAUCCAGUUCAAUCAUCUCAUAAUCAACAUCAUCAUCAACCCCAACAUCAACAUCAAUCACAUUCCUCCCAUCAUCAUAACCAACAACAACAAUCACAUCCUUCCACUGGUCAACAACACCAUCACCAUCACUCUAAUCAACAACAUCAUCAACCACACUCCUCCUCUCAUCAUAAUCAACAUCAUAAUCAACAACAACAACAAUCACAUGGUAAUCAAUAUUAUCAUUCAUCUGGUGGUCACCAUUCAUCAUCAUCCUCCUCUUCAUCUAACCAACAACAACAACAUCAUCAUCAUAAUCAACAACAACAACCACAACAACAACAACAAUCAUAUGGUCAAAGAGAAAGAUCAUCAUCAUUGACAAAACAUAAUACACCUCAUCCUUCAUCAUCAUCUUCUAAUAAUCCAAAUCAAUCCAAUGAUCAACUAUCAUUUGAUUAUAAAUCAUAUGAACAAGUUGAUCCAGAAUUGGAUCAUUAUAGUGGUAAAGGAGACUCUCUAACUACAACAUCAACAUCAACAAACAAACAAAUUGAAUUAAAGAGAGGAGAGAUGGUAGAAAGUCCAAUCUCUAGACAACAAUAUAAACACUUUAUCAAACAAUUUAAAUUAAAGGAAAAGGAAGGAUUAGAGGUUGCAAUGGAAUUUGCCAAGGAAUCAUUAAAGACCCUAUCUGAAAAGGUACAUUGGCGUGUCUAUUUGGAGUUGGCUGAUUUGGCAAACCGUCAAAACAAUCUAAAGUUGGCUCGCAAGUUUUACCGUAUUGUCACUCGUACGCAGCCAUACAUUAGUCAGGGUUGGCUAGAGUACGCCAAGAUGGAAGAAGACUAUGGUCGAUUGGAAAAGUGUCAACAGAUUCUCCAGCUAGGUCUCAAGUAUUGUCCAUUCAACGAGAGCCUUUUAAUCAAGGGUAUCCGACACGAAGAAAAGAUGGAUAAUCUUGAAGGUGCCCGUGCUCUAUUGUCUCAGUUGCGUGACCAGUCGAUAUUCAAGACAUGGCGUGCAGUCAUGGAAGGUGGGUUGUUGGAAGCACGUGCUGGCAAUAUCGACGUUGCACGCAAGAUUUUCAAGUACUUGAUGAAGCAUGUCCCAUGGUACGGUCCCAUCUACCAAGAGGCGUACAAGCUAGAGGAACGUUGCGAAGACUAUGAACGUGCUAUUGCCAUUGUUGAAAAGGGGUUGUCCGAGGACCCCAAGUACGGUCCACUCUGGUUCUCGGCACUCCGACUCUACGAAAAGACGUCUAAUGGCCAGUUGGUACAUACGCGUGCCACGGUCGACCGAGCCCGCCAAUCAGUCUCACGAGAGGUGACGUGGAAGGUGUACUUUGAGGCCGCUCAAAUUGAAGAGCGUGCCAAUCAUCUUGGGCUGGCACGUGCCGCCUAUGUCAAGAGUGUAGAGCUGUGUCCAGAGAAUCUACUUUGGAAGGUUUGGUUGGGCGGUAGCCGUACCGAACUCAAUGCCGACAAUAUCAACGUUGCCCGUAAACUAGUGUUCCGUGCACUCAAAGAAGUACCCGCCAAACUCAAAUCACUUGUCCUCCUCGAGUACAGCCGUCUCGAAGAGUAUGCCGGCAACAUUAACAAAUCAAGAAGAAUCCUAAAGAUGGCACACGAUGAAGCCCGUCUUGAUUGGAAGGUCUUUCUUGAAAGUGUCUUAUUGGAAAUGCGUGCCAACAACUAUGAAGAUGCUACCAUUGCCGCCAAGGAAUCUCUGAAAAUCCAUUCUGGUGCUGGUCGUCUUUGGGCUGCUCUCAUUCAAUUAAAUCAACUUAAAGGUUAUCAAGCUCAAUUAAAAGUUUUUAAAAAGGCUCUUCAAUUUGUACCAAAAUCAGGUGAAGUUUGGUGUGAAGGAGCAAGAAUUGCUUUAAAUAAUAAUGACCUUGAAAAAGCAAAAAGAUUCUUAGAGUUUGCAGUUCAAUUUACACCUCAAUUUGGUGAUUCAUUUAUUGAAUUAUUAAGACUUGAAAUUAUGGAAAAGGGAUUCAAUUGUGAUACUUCAAGACUUGAACAAUUGUGUAUAAAUGCAGAUCCAAAUUAUGGAUUUAUGUGGUUACAUUGUACAAAUAGUGUAUUGGAUAGUCCUAGACAGGUGCUAAGAAAUGCAAAGAAAUUGCUUAUUGAAACGACACCAGCCACGAGGGAAGACUAUGAACAAACUAAAGACGCUAGAUAUGGAAGCUGUUGGGUUGGAUCCAUCGGUGUUCUCUCUACCAAUCGUUUAUUCAGAAAUGAUUUUAACAAAAUGACAAAUGAAGAAAGAAGAAAAUGUAUGUUUGGUUCUGAUUUGGUUAAACCAUAA